CAUAAUAUAAAGUAAAGCUGGUCGGGCUAACAUAAGCCCGUGGCUUUCAUUCGCAGCGGUGAAGUUGGUUGUCAAGUUGCAUACAGCGGUCGUAGUUGGAUACACAGGAUAUAUCACUUGCGCACAAGUUUAAUUACUUGAAUGAAGCCCUUAGCUUGUGUUUUGGUGUAAUGUAAAUAUAGGAGUCGACACGUCCCAGGUCCCGGCGAGCGCAGGCUUUUACCGGAGACGCCGCAACCAUGAUCAAGUUCUUGUUAAUGGUCAAUAAGCAGGGGCAGACGCGCCUAGCGAAAUACUUUGCAGAAUUCCUCAGCACUGAUGAGCGUAGAGCGCUGGAGGGGGAGGUGGUGCGCAAGUGCCUUUCACGGACAGACAAGCAGUGCUCUUUUUACGAGCACAGGCAGUACAAGAUCGUGUACCGCCGCUACGCAUCUCUGUUCUUUAUGGUUGGAGUGGAUGAUGAUGAGAACGAGCUGGCCAUUUUGGAAUUCAUCCACUGUUUCGUGGAGGUGCUGGACAAGCACUUUGGGCAGGUGUGCGAGCUGGAUAUUAUGAACGAGCCUGAGAUGGUGCAUUACAUACUCGACGAAAUGUUGGUGAAUGGCCAAAUUGUGGACACGAACAAGACCAAUAUCCUGGAGCCCGUGCAGCUCUUAGAGCAGGCAGCGGCGUAGACAUAUAGGCAGCUGGGUGGAGGAGCUGGUGGCUGAACCCGCGACCGUGGCAGCCGAGCUCUGAACUAAUUUCCCAGGUGCUCGCACAGGCUGCGUACAAACGGUCUUAGGGUUUUGCGAUUCUUGCUGCGAGCCGCUUCGGCAUUUGUCGGUGGUCAUGUUUCCUGUGAAUUGUACGUAAGGGUUUCGUAUCCGACAUGCGGGUUGAAUGUGAAUCGAUACAGGAUAGUUGUUUUGGGAUACUGCAGAGCGACAUCUCUUUUAACAUGUGCAUCGAGCUUCUUAUCUGUUCGAAUUGCCACGAACAGAUUGGAAGGCGAAGUUGCCGCGACAAGCCACGGCAACUUAAAUAGUAAGAAUGCGAUGUGUUAAGAUUGCAUUCUGGUGUCUGGGGGAAUUGGUCAA